AUGCUUCAAACCGCCGCUCGUUCCGUCUCUAAGCUCGUCCAGCCAAUCACUGGAGCCGCCGCCGUUCGCUCCAAGCACACUUUGCCAGAUCUCCCAUAUGAUUACGCUGAUUUGGAGCCAGUUAUCAGCCAUGAAAUCAUGCAACUUCAUCACCAAAAGCAUCAUGCCACUUAUGUAAACAAUCUUAAUCAAGUGGAGGAAAAGCUCCAUGAGGCAGUUUCAAAGGGAAACGUCAAGGAAGCUAUCGCUCUCCAAUCCGCUCUCAAGUUCAACGGAGGUGGUCAUAUCAACCACUCAAUCUUCUGGACCAACUUGGCCAAGGAUGGAGGAGAGCCAUCUUCGGAACUUGCUUCUAUGAUCAAGCGCGAUUUCGGAGACCUUUCCACCCUCCAAAAGAUGCUCUCCGCCUCCACAAUUGCCGUUCAAGGAUCCGGAUGGGGAUGGUUGGGAUACUGUCCAAAGGGAAAGAAGCUGAAGUUGGCGACUUGCGCCAACCAAGACCCACUUGAGUCCACCACGGGACUCAUUCCACUCUUCGGAAUCGACGUCUGGGAGCACGCAUACUAUUUGCAAUACAAGAACGUUCGCCCAGACUACGUUAAUGCUAUCUGGAAGAUCGCCAACUGGAAGAACGUCAGCGAGCGUUUCGCCAAAGCCCAGCAACAACAAUAA